AUGGAGCAUGUUUCUACUCUCUGUGCUGUCAGCACCGUAGGCAUUGCUGCAACCGGCUUUGCCCUGGCGCGUCGAGAACCCCGACCUUGGCCGGAUAACCUGACUCUUCCGAAAGACACCACCUGGGGCAGCGUUUCAGGCACAGGUACAAUUGAUUCAAACCGGUUCCCUGCUCCGGCUGAACUUGAUGUGCCGAUACACGAAUUACGAGAGGGUAACGAAAGCAUCGCAGAGGCCAGGUCAAAUUGGACAUUGCCGCAACGGAGACGAGAACGGCGGAGGAGGCAGACAUACACAACCACGCCGUUAAAACCGUCCAGCGAAACAGCUACCCAGGAUAGCGUUGCAAAUAGUCGGCCUUCUUCUUCGUGGCUACGACGAAUUUCAGUCAUAUCUUCUUCACAUACAGGUAGCUCUCUGCCAAGUCCCACGACUACCGCCUCAUCGUCUUUGAAUGGGCCGGCUUCAAUCACGCAUAGCCGAAUAGAAUCGGCCUCUAAACACCCAAACAAGCUAGUCAAGCGGUCCACGUCACAGCAUUCGAUAAUACCCCAAGGCGAACGCGCUCGGCGGCCCAUGUCAGCUUCUCUCGCCCUACGCCGUCCAGCAACAAGCCAUCAACGAUCUGCUGAUAUUGCGCAUCGGGUAAGCUUCAACCGAGAAACUGGUGUUCCAGUUGCACCGGGCUCUUCUGGUAAUCCAUGGCCAGCCCCAAGUGAUAUGAUCAACUUUGAAGAGAACAAGAAGUGGAAGCCGUAUUUCCCCAAGGCUAACAGACGACGCAAUCAUUCAACGGGAAGUACCAUAGUGACCAUCAAGCCCAACAAUCCAUCUUAUCUUGACUACCCUACAUUACUACUUUGCUCUUCCAUCAACUCUCCUCAACAGACUAGAACGUCGGUCAAUAAGAACUUUUCGCGGCCAGGGAACGUUACAAUGAAUGAUCCCUUGCCAAGAAGAUCAAGUGAUUUAAAAUCUCAAUCAAACAAAUCUCCCUCGAGAGAAAAACGCAAGCCUAUACGAUCUUAUUCGUUUUCUAGUGUGGCUGGAAAUAGCCCAGGGUCUCGCAGCAAUUCGGUGAAACACGUUGUCAAAAGCCCUGAGGCCACCACACGACUCCGCUCAAAGGACAGGGUCUUUUCAAAUCCACUACCAAGAACUUUGGACGGCAUGGCGACAGAAAAAUCCGAAAGUCCUAGACUCCGCCGCAAAAGGAAUUUUACCGGUUCCGAUACUUUCCCUCGACCUCAGACUGCUCCUCAAGGGGAACGCUUCAAUUUAAAGUCGACACACUCUCAUGAAAUACCUUCAGAAAUAUAUGCGCUCCAAGAUCCAUUCUUUACUUCAUCUGAACGUUCACCACUCAAUGAGACUGCGGCCUUGGAUAACAAGCCAGUUUCAUUCUUUCCAGGGGGAAGAGGUCCAUCUCCGCCGAUUAUUCGAUUUUCCCGGAUCAAACGACUCUCUGGGGCUGCAUCUGACCGAGCAUCAACUGUGAUAGGCUCCGACGAUACGCGAAUAUUUACUUCGGCAGACGAAGAUGAUCAGAGUGAUUCUGUCUUUGAUUCAUUUCGUACCAGGAUAUCAUCCAGCAGUCAGUCAGGCCGCCGUGGUCCAAACAUCGAGACUAUAUUCCGCGAUUCUCCUACGGCCGAAGCUAAGAAAAGCAACUCCACUGACGUUGAAGAUCUUGCAUUGGGAAGCUUACAUCUAUCGUCGUUCACGCCAAGGUCCUCUAUCAGUGAUCUAAAUUCAAUGAGUACUCCCCUAGCUUCGACUUGUAUGAAAGAUGGGGACACAACGCCGACACCUCCUACAACAUUUACUUCACACCCUACUAUCCAUUCGUCUUCGCUGAAAUCUCCUAAUGCCCAUAUCUAUGAAGUAGAUUCAACUUUUGAAGGUGAAAAUCACAAUGUGCCACUAUCACCACACAACCUGUUUGAUUUUGCCGGUGACGAAGAUGUUGGUGACUGCAAUUCACCUUCUAAUCUCUUGGAUGACAUUCAAAAAUCUUACCAUGCUUCUGGAAUAGUUACCCCAUCAUUAAGAAGAAUGGGCUCCGGAAUUGGCACUAGAGCCAGUGUUUUCGAUUGGUCUGAGCAGACAAGAAACGAUCGAGAUAUCCAAGAUUCUAACCAUCGGCCGAGCACCGUUCACGGGAAACAAGGUACUGUUGGAAGAGGCAGCCGUGGUACGGGCCGAAAAGCGCCGAAUGCCGUGCAUUUAAGAAGCCAGAGUGUUCCAGUCUCGCGGGACGGUCCACCCUCGAGUGAAAACCGGCAACCAUCGCUCAAGUUCGGGACUUGGGGCUUGGGGCAAAAGGGUGUAAGUGAAGACUGGGAUGGCGAUUUCGAUUUCGGUGAUUCAGACGAAGGUUCAACAUAUGGUGGUGAUAUAACUUCAGAUGGCCGUGAUCAUUAUGUUAUGAAAGUGCCACAAGCUAUCAUGGAAAGUCAAGCUAGUGUCCAUGGGCAAUAUGGACACGUCCAGGAACUGACCCUCCUAGUUGAGGAACUGAAGCGACUACGGAUUCAAGGUAACAUGUUGCGUAUCAUACAAGGCCCAUCUAGUGAGCUUUGGAAGGAGGCAGAGGGCAUCGUCAACCUUGCCACCUUGGAAGAUGAUGAAAAUAGCUUCCCUGCUCCUGUGUCACCUUCUUCAUGCGGGAGCUUUGAUUGCUUUGAAUCCUCCCCACCGCAGAAGGGUGUGAAGCGUCGUGACAGUGAAAUUAGACGACCGGCCCUCGCAACAUGGCCCAACCCUGGGUCUAACUCAAGCUCUCCUGGUCAUAAAGAUCCAUCAGAGAAGGUUAAAUCAGUGCUUGAAACGAUCUAUCAGCAACGAGAAUCCGCAGAUCAACAAACUGCUGAGACACCCAGCCCUUCUCUACAAAAGCUACCAUUCGACACACAGUCCCUAAAAGACCUGGUCAACCGCGCAGGUGUGGUAACACGUGCGCUAAAAGACGUUAUACGUCGAGCUGAGGGCGUUGCCACAAGCUCUGAAUCUAUUCCACCGUCCGAUCCACCUUUUAGUCGGAUAUUUUCACACGCAGCUUGA